CUCAGUGGAGGGUGGUUGAGCCGGUGACCACAGACGAGGAGACCAACUGAAGCUGGACACACGCUGUGGAUACCGAGGGCUCUAGAACAACUAUUUCUUCUUCAGCCUCACCCCAUAACUGCUCUGGGAUUACAAAUUUUAGGACCAUGUCUGCUAACAACAGCUGCCAAUCAACUGGCCACGAACCAAGAACUCCCCAGAGCCGGGUCUGCCAAUCCACUCAUCGCCUUUGUCGCACCCCCAUCUACCUCAUAAGCAACUUCUGUGUCCAUCCCUCUCUGGAUGACUGCAGCUGGUUGGGUGAAGGUAUCAACAGCAACGAGAAGGAGACCAUGCAGAUCUUGAACGACCGCCUUGCUAACUUCCUGGAAAAGGUGCGAAUGCUGGAACGAGAGAACGCUGAACUGGAGUGCAGAAUCCAGGAAGAGCGUAACAAAGAGCUCCCUGUCCUGUGUCCUAAUUACCUGUCCUACUACACCACCAUCGAGGAGCUCCAGCAGAAGAUCUUGUGUACCAAGGCUGAGAAUUCCAGGCUGGUCUCACAAAUUGACAACACCAAACUGGCUGCAGAUGACUUGAGAGCCAACUAUGAAGCUGAGGUGUCCCUACGCCAGCUCGUGGAGGCCGACGCCAACAGCCUACGGAAGAUCCUGGAUGCACUGACCCUGAGUAAGGCUGACCUGGAGGCACGAGUGCAGUCUCUGAAGGAGGAGCUCCUCUGCCUCAAAAACAGUCACCAAGAGGAUAUCAACUCCUUAUGGGGGCAGCUUGGGGACAGACUCAACAUUGAAGUAACCGCAGCCCCUUCUGUGGACAUAAACCAGAUUCUACAAGAAAUGAGAUGUCAGUAUGAGUCCAUCAUGGAGACAAACCGUAAAGAUGUGGAACAAUGGUUCAACACCCAGAUGUUGGAGCUGAAUCAACAAGUGGUGACCAGCUCUCAACAGCAGCAGUGCUCCCAGAAGGAAAUCGCAGAACUGAGACGUACCGUGAAUGCUCUGGAGGUGGAACUACAGGCCCAGCACCGAAUGAGAGAUUCGCAGGAAUGCAUCCUGACAGAGACUGAGGCCCGCUACACGACCCUGCUGGCCCAGAUCCAAAGUCUGGUCCAUAACCUGGAGGCUCAGCUGGCGGAGAUCCGCAGUGCCCUGGAAAGACAGAACCAGGAAUGUGACAUUCUGCUGGAUAUUAAGUCCCGGCUGGAGUGUGAGAUUGCCACAUACCGCAGCCUUCUGGAGAGCUCAGACUGCAAGCUUCCCUGUAACCCGUGUGCCACCCGAUGCAAGCCUUCCACUUGCACACCCUCCAAGCCCAGCACCGUGGAAUGCACCGCCCCGGUUUUCACAUCCUCAGCCCCCAAUGGGAUUCUCAAGCGGUACAACGUCUGUGGACCCCCAUCCCGGAUACUGGUUAAAAUAUGCACCAUCACCAAGGAGAUUCAGGACGGGAAGGUCAUUUCUUCUCAUGAACAUGUGCAGCCUUGCUUCAUCCCCAGACUUGCCAAAGUCUAACGGCCCAAGGUGAUGCGAAGGACCCCCAUUCAUGAGAGAAAGGCCAAUACAUGCUCCUGCCAGAGAGGUUUAAGAACUCCCCAGGCCCUUAAGGUACUUAGUCUCUUACUACUACAGCGGGUCCCCAUCACUAGAUAGUGUGUCCUUUAUUCCACUCCUUCCCUAAGUCGCUGCUGCCAACGUGAUCAUAAAUUCCAUUUCUCUGGUAGGACAUUUUGCAUUCAUCUGAAGGAUGGGAAUGGAUUAGCCAGUUCCCCGGGGGAAGAUGGCCUAUGAUGCUUGACUCCCCAGGUGUUGAACUGGCAGGUUUUUCUUUUGUUUACUCAGGCCUUAUUUACUUAUGUGCCUCCUUGGAGCCAGUCAGACAAGUUCCAGGAUUGUUUUUGGCCAUUGGCACACUAAGGUGAAAAGCUACAACCUUCCCUUCCAAGCUCCUUUUGUGGCUUUAGAAGGAAGCCUUUACAGAAACAGAGUAAAUAAGGAAAGAAGAUCCUUGAUGUUUAGUUUCCUUGAAUAGAUAAUCCCAGGUCCUGUUGAACUCUGCUGCCUCAGUUUUUUGUUGUGAAGAGUCAAUGAAAUUGCUUAUGUAAUACUGCUAUUUGAUGAAAAGCACUGACAUACACGACCCUCCCCAAGAGAAUUUUGAAGAUGUCCAUGUUCUCUAAAACUUUGUGAACCAUUAGGCUCUUCUCCAAAUAUUUUCUUUGAGAAUCAGGAAAUAGUUAUGGGGAAUGAAUCUAGAGCUAUUUCUUCAAAAAAUAAUUUUGAAGAAACUGGG